UGGCGGAGGUCUCCGAUUGCAUAUCGGCAACUGAGCUAAAACUCUUUCAAACUUUUCGGUUUACGCUUCAUGAAACAGUCGUAUAUUUGCAAAGUGAUAAUUAACACAUACGGAUAUGGAUACAUUAGCCGUGAACGCGCCCGCCCGCCCAGCGGCACCUCAGACCGCCUCCAGCAGCGACGGGACGAUGACGCUGACGGGAGUGCCAUCUGCCGGCUCGAUGACGGGCGUGUCGACGUCCGGCGGCACGGAGAAGCUGUCGGCCGGCAUGAGCGCCUGGCAGGACGCGAUCGCCAUCGCGAAGAUGAACAGGAAGAAGCUGCAGCGGCAACAUGCGAACUCGCAGAACCGGCCCGAGCGCGCGCUCUUCUACCUGACGCUGAAGCAUCCGAUACGCCGGCUGUGCAUCAGCAUCGUCGAGUGGAAACCAUUUGAGUACUUGGUAUUAUUUACGAUCUUUGCCAACUGUAUCGCGUUGGCUGUCUACCAGCCCUAUGCAGGAUCUGAUUCCAAUGAAGUCAACACUGCAUUGGAAAGUGUCGAGUACGUUUUUCUCGUGAUAUUCACGUUGGAGGCGUUGUUGAAAAUAGUGUCGUAUGGCUUCGUCAUGCACUCGGGAGCGUAUUUGCGGAACGGCUGGAACAUGAUAGAUUUUGUCAUCGUUGUUAUAGGUUUAGUUAGCACAUCGUUACAAGGGAAGUUCGAUAUAAAAGCUCUCAGAGCAUUUAGAGUGUUACGCCCACUGCGUGUUGUAUCCAAUGUUCCUAGCUUACAGGUAGUUUUAAAUUCGAUCCUGCGGGCGAUGGUUCCGUUGUUACACAUCGCCAUGCUCGUUAUCUUUGUCAUCAUCAUCUAUGCAAUCAUAGGACUGGAGCUGUUCUCAGGGAAACUUCACAAUAGCUGCUUCAGUAACAUCACUGGAAAGAUGGUGGAGGAGACAUCACCGUGUUCGAUGGAGUCGAAGGGCUACCACUGUGCGCUGGAGAACGAUGAGUACUGCCAGAAGAACACGUGGGAGGGACCCAACUUUGGCAUCACGAACUUCGACAAUUUCUUUCUCGCGAUGCUCACAGUGUUCCAGUGCGUCACGAUGGAGGGUUGGACCGAUGUGAUGUACUACAUACAUGAUGCUAUUGGUAACGACUGGCCAUGGAUAUACUUCAUCAGCCUAAUCAUCAUCGGCUCGUUUUUUGUACUCAAUCUUGUCCUUGGUGUCCUCAGCGGUGAGUUUUCCAAGGAAAGAGAGAAGGCCAGAGCUAGAGGUGACUUCCAGAAGCUACGGGAGAAGAAGCAGAUGGAGGAAGACCUGCGUGGGUACCUCGACUGGAUCACGCAGGCUGAGGACAUAGAGGAGGGUCGGGGAGAGAAGACAGAGGACGGCAACGCGAUUGAAGAUGAGGAAGAAGAGGGGGAGGAGGAGGAGGACGAGGACCCACGCAUUAUGUGGUUGAAAAGCAAGCACGCCGAGCUGCAUCGCAUCAACAAGCGCUGUCGGCGGAUGUGUCGGCGCGCAGUCAAGUCGCAGGCGUUCUACUGGAUCGUCAUCAUCAUGGUGUUUCUCAACACGGCCGUGCAGGCGUCCGAGCAUCACAACCAGCCGCCGUGGCUCGACCAGCUGCAGACCGUCACCAACCUGGUGUUCCUGUCCGGCUUCACGUUGGAGAUGAUCGUGAAGAUGUACAGCCUCGGCUUCCAGUCGUACUUUGUGUCGCAGUUCAACCGCUUCGACUGCGCGAUCGUCCUCGGCAGCAUCGUUGAGUCGGCGCUCAUCUUCAAGCACGUGAUGCCACCGCUCGGCAUCAGUGUGCUGCGAUGCGUGCGCCUCCUCCGCGUCUUCAAGUUCACCAGGUACUGGCAGUCGCUGAGUAACCUGGUGGCAUCUCUGCUUAACUCACUACGCUCCAUCGCCAGUCUGCUGCUGCUGCUGUUUCUCUUCAUCCUCAUCUUUGCCUUGCUCGGCAUGCAACUGUUCGGAGGCAAAUUCAACUUUGCGGAUGGAACGCCACGCAGUAACUUUGACAGUUUCAUACAGGCUCUGCUCACAGUGUUCCAGAUCCUAACUGGUGAGGAUUGGAACGCAGUAAUGUACGAUGGGAUUCAGGCGUACGACGGAAUCGGCGGUGUAGGUGGUGUAGUCAGUCUCUACUUCAUAGUGCUCUUCAUAUGUGGCAACUAUAUUCUGCUGAAUGUCUUCUUGGCUAUUGCCGUGGAUAACCUGGCUGAUGCUGAGAGUCUCACCAGCAUAGAGAAGCAAGAGGAGCAGGAUAAGAAGGACGAGAAGGGAAAGAAAGAGAAGAAGAAGGCUGAAUCGGCUGAGAAGCUAGAGGUGGAGAAGGAGAAUGCGAAAGGAGAAAACCAGAGCUCUGAUGCGCUGAAAGUCAACAUUGAGAUUGAGUCGACGGAUACGUUUACUGAGAAUGGAGCACCACCACGGCAAGUAGAUGGCACUGGCAAUAUUCAGGACAAGAACUCUGAGGACAAGGCAGAGGAGACGUCUACGACGGGGUACACUGGUGCCAGGCCGAGGCGUCUCUCACAGCUGCAAGUCAAGACGAAGGAGAAGCCCAUCCCGCCCUACUCGUCACUGUUUGUCUUCGAACCCGACAACAAAUUUAGAAUAUUCACACAUAAGGUGUGCACACACAAGUACUUUGGCAACACUGUGCUGGCUUGCAUUAUGGUGUCCAGUGCACUCUUGGCGUGUGAAGAUCCCACACAAGUUUACCUUGUCCGAAACAAGGUGUUGAAUCAGUUUGAUUACUUCUUCACGACACUUUUCACAAUUGAAAUUGUCAUAAAGUUGAUAACGUACGGAGUCGUGCUGCAUCCAGACUCGUUCUGCAGAAGCGUGUUUAAUAUGCUGGAUGUACUCGUCGUUGUCGUCUCCUUCCUCUCCAUGGGCCUCACGUCGGACUUCAUCUCCGUGAUCAAGAUUCUACGUAUGCUAAGAGUUCUGCGUCCUCUCAGGGCUAUCAAUCGAGCAAAGGGGCUCAAGCACGUUGUUCAGUGCGUCAUCGUGGCGGUGCGAACCAUCGGUAACAUCAUGCUCGUCAUGUUUCUGCUGCAGUUCAUGUUCGCCUGCAUAGGUGUUCAGCUGUUCAAGGGCAAGCUAUUCCAGUGCUCAGAUCCAUCGAAAAUGACGGAGGAGACGUGUGUCGGACAAUUUUUCGAGUACAAUGAGGGUGAUAUUAACAAGCCAGAGGUGGCCGACAGAGAGUGGACCAACAGUGACUACAAUUUUGAUCACGUCAGUAAUGCUCUGCUGGCAUUAUUCACCGUCACGACAUUCGAAGGAUGGCCGUUCCUUCUCUACGCAUCGAUUGACUCUCAUGCGGAGAACAUGGGCCCGAUCAAGGACUACCGGCCGGCGGUGGCCAUCUACUUCGUCGCUUACAUCAUCGCAAUCGCGUUCUUCAUGGUGAACAUAUUUGUCGGCUUCGUCAUCGUCACAUUCCAGAGCGAGGGCGAGCAGGAGUACAAAAACUGUGAGCUGGACAAGAACCAGAGAAAGUGCGUGGAAUUUGCGCUGAAAGCAAAGCCCAUCAAGCGCUACAUCCCAGAAAACAAGUUCCAAUACAAGGUGUGGUGGGUGGUGACGUCACGUUGGUUUGAGUACACCAUAUUUGUCAUGAUUCUCUUGAACACGAUCGCAUUAGCGAUGAAGUUUCACGGUCAGCCAGAGAAGUACGAGGAAGGACUGAAGAUCCUCAACCUGUUUUUCACGACGGUGUUCAUCGCUGAGUUUAUCCUGAAGCUGAUGGCGUUCCGCUUCCGCAACUAUUUUGGCGAUCCCUGGAACGUGUUCGACUUUCUCAUCGUUCUGGGCAGUAUCAUCGACAUCAUCGUAGAGAAGGUGAGCGAGAACCAGGACGGCAACGACUUUGCCUUCAACAUCACGUUCUUCCGGCUGUUUCGCGUCAUGCGUCUUGUCAAGCUGCUGAGUAAGGGUGAGGGCAUACGCACGCUGCUGUGGACCUUCAUCAAGUCGUUCCAGGCGCUGCCCUACGUUGCCCUGCUCAUCGUCAUGCUGUUCUUCAUCUACGCUGUCGUAGGCAUGCAGGUGUUCGGCAAGUUUAACCUCGACGACAGCGGCCACAUCAACCGCAACAACAACUUCCAGACGUUUCCGAUGGCGACGCUCGUGCUGUUUCGCUCGGCGACGGGCGAAGCGUGGCAGCUGAUCAUGCUGUCGUGCAUCAACGCGCGCUGCUCCGACAACAAGCUGAGUGAGCCGCAGCCGUGCGGUCACGCCUUCUGCUACAUCUACUUCAUCACAUUCUACAUGAUCUGCUCGUUCCUGAUUAUCAACUUGUUUGUGGCAGUCAUCAUGGAUAAUUUUGAUUAUCUGACACGUGAUUGGUCCAUUCUGGGUCCCCAUCACUUGGAUGAAUUUGUGAGACUUUGGUCAGAGUAUGAUCCUGGUGCUAAGGGGAGAAUCAAGCACUUGGAUGUAGUAGCACUGUUGCGAAAAAUUCAGCCACCUCUUGGGUUUGGAAAGCUCUGUCCCCACAGAACUGCCUGCAAGAAACUUGUCACGAUGAACAUGACGCUGAACAGCGAUGGUACGGUGAUGUUCAACGCGACGUUGUUCGCACUUGUUCGAACCUCCCUGCGCAUCAAGACAGAUCCCAAUAAAACACCGGAUCAACUUAAUGAGGAGCUUCGUUUUAUCAUCAAGAAGGUGUUCAAAAUAAAGAACCAGAAUCUCCUAGAUGAGGUGGUGCCACCUCCAGGAGUCGAGAGUGAGGUGACGGUGGGCAUGUUUUACGCGACCUUCCUCAUCCAGGACUACUUCCGCCGAUUCAAGAAGCGCAAGGAGCAGCGGCUGAAGACCGGCCUGACGGGCGCGCCGGCCGCUGCCACCGUCGCUCUCACGGCGGGAAUGAGGAAGAUCUUGGACCUAGGGCCCGAGCUUCGAAGGACCAUCUCCGGUGAUCUGGAGAUCGACAAUUUCCACAAAAACGCCAAUGCUGAGCCAAUGCACAGACGUAACCACUGGUUGUUUGGCAACGUCCUCGCAGCGUUCGGUAGAGACAGCGGCCGACGCAAGAGCAGAGACGAGAGAUCUCACCGGAGCACGAACAAGCCGUCGCACCGUGAUCGCAAUUCUUACGACAGAAAAAACAGUAUCUAUAACAUGUAUGAUGUGAGUCCGAAUAAAGAGAUUCAGAGAGCACGACUACCAGGUCAGCCACUCUCUCUCAACCCGGACAAGAAACCAAAAGUUACUGAGAUACCGACUGAUGAAUCAGAGGACCAGCCUGAGCCGAGCACGAUGCAGCUGAACCCGUACGUGAAGCCGCUGCCAAAGCCAUCCACCUUCAAGCGCAUCGCAAACUUCUUCGGAUACAGGGAUGGUCCCACCGUGGCUCCUCGAGACCUAGAGGUUGCCUACCAGCCGAACACGAUGGGCAACCACUACAGCCCCAAGGCCAACUCGAUCGCCGGCAACCAGGCGAAGAAGGAAGACAAGAAGCGACGCAGCAAGAGCACGGAGAGGCAUCCGCAGCGAGGCUGGAAGAAGGAGAGCGGCAGGAGCAGUCGCAGCAGACGACAGGAGAGCGAGUCUGAUGCGAUUUCACGUCGCACGAGGAACGAUUCGGAGGAGACGUACCAUCCCCCAAUGAUCCUUCCCGAUCCGACGCUCACUGUGGGGGAAGGAGCCGCGCAGGCACUGGUGGCAGAGAUACUGCAUCAGGGUGGGCUGAACCCGAACCUUGCCGGCAUUGCGCGCGCGGAGCUCGCCGAACACAUGAACAUGAGCGAGGUCGAGAUGGACUCGGCCGCCAAUGCCCUCGUGCGCCACCACAGCCGACACAACGACCACCGCCCGCCGCAGGGGCGUCGCCGCGACGACGGCGGCGCCGACGCGCGCCUCAACGCGUCGCAUAACAACUCGGCGGCUGCGGCGCCGGAGAACCGAUGGACGGUCGGUGGCGACGAGGAGGAGGAGGACGUCGAUUACGACAACGUGGAGCUAAGGUGCGGCUUGUAGCGUCCGGCCGGCACGCCACUUCGGAGGUGUCUGAGCGCGCAACGGUGCUGCCAUCUGACGGUGGAUGCAGCAUCGGAGGACUCGUCUGAACGAGCAGCGGCGCUGCGACCUGGGAGUGGACACACCAUCGGCAGAAUUAACCGACGAGUGAUGGUGCUGCCACCUGGGAGUGGACACGACGUCGGCAGAGUCGUCCGCCGAGCGAUGGGGCUGCGACGUGAGCGUGGGUGCGAUCGUGGCGUGGCUGCUACUGGGAGCAUGUGCUGGGAACGCAGUUCUGGGCAUACGACUAAACGGAGUUCGUCCCGCGACGCAGACCAGUGCUUGUAGGUGUUCACAAUGCACUGUCGCCACGAUCGGCCGAUACAAUUAACUCGGCGUGCAUCCGACGAGGCAGCUAGUUGAUGUUGGGUGAGGUCAGCAGAGCGGUAAAGUUUUGGCGCUAUCGUCGUAGGCACGGUGCGGACGUGGCGGUCAUGGUCACGCGUGCGGGCCUCGCGCUGUGUGGUUUUGGUGCGCAGUGACACAACACAAUACAACACACACAGCGGCAGCAUCCACUAGCAGGAAGCAGGAUUCGCGUUUCUGCCGGCGGCGGUUUCUCGCGAAGAAACAUUUUUAACCUCGCGCCAGAAACGCCCGGAGUUUUCCGCGGAACCUCCGGAAGGCCAGCGUUGCAGCAGCACACGUGCGAUAUGGACGUCGGUACGGUGGCGCCGCACGGUGUGCGAUAGCAUGAAGACGUAGCUUCCUCCCCACGCACACACGCCUCCGCCUAUCUGUUCCCAUCGGCGGUACAUGGCGGAUGGGUGUGUGAGCGGUGCCACGCACCCGGCGAGGCGUUGGCGUGUGGUCUCGGCCAAGAUUUGUGAUGGACCGGCUCGAUCAGAAGCACGCAUUUAUGUCACGAUGUCGAUUUUAGCACAUGCCGCGGCUUUCGUGUCGACUAUAGUGACGCAUUCAGCAAUGAAUUUAGUUUAGGGCGAUGCAACGGAUGUGAAUGAAGAAUACCGAUGCAGAGCAGGGAUCUUUCUACUUGGGCGGCUUCAGGCAAACGAAGCUGGAACUUUUUUUGGGACUUUUUCACCUACGUGCCAUAGUCGGCGACGUUCGUGUCACGCCGUACUGCUGUUUGGCUACAUCAUGUGCUCAUUUGAGAUGAAAGGCAUCUAAGAAGCUUGUGUGAUGGUUUAUAGUUUAGACGUUCUCACGUUCUCCGCUAUUGUUAAAGUUGAAAUGAUUCGGAGGUUUACACAUCACGUAUUUCGAUCGCAGGUUAGUCGUACUGGUGUAAUACAUAAGUAAUAGCAGCUACAUGUGUCUCUGUAUCAGUGUUUACUGUGUGCCAGUUAGCUAUCAAUGCAUUGGUUGUAAAUUUCUCAACUCUAAUGAAAUUUCUUUCUUUUUUUCAUUUAGGAUUCAUUACCAUCAUCGAAUGUUUAAGUGGCUUUGAUGUGUAAUCUUUGUAAUUGACAUAGGAAAUUGAUUAGCCACUUUUCUAAUGCUAGCCAAAACGAUGAUAGCAAUAUGAGAAACGUGGUUUGGUGCAGAUGCGCAUCUACAGUAUAGGCCGACAUAGCAGGUUCAUGCAUGCGCACAGAAAUUGUAUGUAUUGUGAAGUUAAAAGUAGGUUUCACGUUACAAAUCCGGUGACACCAAGUGAGUGUGAGGCUGUGUGAUAGAACUAGGUUGCCUGCAUUUCAUAAGCUGUACAGCUAACUAAAUUCAAUUUGCCAGUAGCCAGCCGUAAUAGCGCACGAUAGAUAUGAUUUGGUCUAUGUUAAUAUACCAAUUAUGCAUUUUCUGAUUUUCGAAAUAUUGGGUGUUCGAAUCCUGGAUCAGUUGAACUCGUUGGGAAAGUGCAUUCUUACGAUUUAACAGACAUGCAAGUUUCCCAUUUCGCGUGGUCUCAUGGAGAAGCAAGGCAAAAUCAUCUCUAUUUACUCAUGUGAGCACGCGUGCGAAUGUUAUAACACGGGGUUGUGCGCCGGACUUGCCCCCAUCACGCAUGGACAAACAAUGGCCGUGUGAGCAAGCAGGCCUGCAAGCCGAUCGUGGGAAUGCAUUAAAUUACGCGGCCAAACUGUGUUGCUGGUUAAUUAAUUGAAAUCCUUUGCGAGAAAAAAUGCGAAGCUCAAGGAAGAUUGCACGAGAGAUUUUAAACUUCGCGUGUCCUUUUAUGAAAUAUAUACGAGACACGCGUGAUCAUGAGGUCACGCGGCAGCGAUCGUAAACUUUCACAUACGUGCGUUUCGCGUGUAAAUCUGAGCUGGGCAGUGCAUAAUUUCUUCCCUAGGCUGCAUCUGCAAAUACGAGAAGUAUUGUGUGUAUGGUUCUCGGCAGCUAGUCAUGCGAGCUUUUUUGGUUUACCAAGUUUGUUUCUGUAUUUAUUGAGUAGGAAGUGACGGUCGAUUGUGUGACUGAGAAAUGGGAAAUGGUUAGUCCUGCGUGUGCGUGUGCGUGUCGUGUGUGGGUGAGAGUACCAGGUGUAUAUGUGAUAUGGGGAGUGGGGGGAUUGUAUAUACAUAUGAGCAUGUGAGUGCGUGCAUGCAUGCGCGAGUGUAGAGGAGAGAAGUGGAGGUUGUUACGUGUGGUUCAACUCGUACCUCUACUACUCGUACGUUACUCGGGGCGAUCUGGCCUAAAGUAAUGCAGUCGUUUUUACAACCAUCCGAAAUCACGUAUUUUUGACUGCUGUGUUUAAGUUCUCCCUCCCUAACCUCGUGAUAACAAUUAUAUACCCUUAGCACUGUUAUUUAUUUGAAUAUCAACUAAUUGUUUUAUCUCUGCCAGUUUUACUGCGUACCUUCUUGUUUAUAUCUAAGUGGCAGCAAUCAACGAAGUAUCCAUAUUUCAGUUUAACCUCCCGAGUGUUUCUCUGUCAUAAUAAUUGUGAUUGUAUUUUGAUGCAUAUAUUAUUUCAGUAAGGAGUGUUGGAAUUAUUCAUUUGAUUUAAUUUAUCAUGACGAAAUAAAGCAAUUUAUGUACAUAAAAUGUGGAAAUCCUUUAUUCUUCAUAUUGAAGACAACUAAUAAUAAAUAGAGUUACGAACAAUAUGGAAGCCCCGGCCUGUAAGCCCCCGUUUCACACAUUUAGUGAUCACAGUCAUGUUACUCGCAACUUCUUUUCAUCAGAGACAAUACAAAAGAAGUCUCCACAAGUCCUCUUAUAUUACCUCAUGUGAAUGUAAUAGAAUCUAUGCAUACCGUAAACACAUCUAGACAAUAUACAACAUACAGCAACAUCAUAGAUUCAUACAGCUCAACAUGCAGAAAUUUUACACAUAAGUACUGCUGAGAGGGUCUAUGUCCCCUAGGGUACUGCCGGAACGUACCCUGGGUACGGACCGUACCUCGCCUACUC